UUAAGGACAGAAGCGCUGUAGUGUUUACGGUGUGCGGACUGUAUAACCACCCAGCGCGAUAUCUCCUGUGGGCAAACUACAAGAUGAGGGUUCUUUCAAGUAAUCUGGUGUCGCACCUGAAGAAUCAUACCCUCAGAAGCGCCGUCGUAACAGGCAGUGUGCGGAGUCAGCAGACAGAACCCAAGGUGACCUCUAGCCGGCCCUUGAUUGCAAAUGAGCCAGAGAGUCCCAAAAUCCUAACCAACACCAUCCCUGGGCCUGUUUCCAUCCAGAAGCUCCACCAGCUCUCACAGAUACAGGAAUCGGGAGCCGUUCAGCUGUUUGUGGACUAUGAUCGUAGUCUGGGCAACUAUUUGGUGGAUGUGGAUGGCAACAUUCUGCUUGAUGUGUACACCCAAAUCUCCUCACUGCCUCUUGGGUACAGCCACCCAGACCUUCUGAAGCUUCUUGACAAUCCCCAAAACAUUAAAGCCUUCAUCAACCGUCCAGCUCUAGGCUCCUUCCCAGGCACAGAUUGGAUAAAUCGUCUGAAUAAUUCCCUCAUCCAGAUAGCUCCAAAAGGUCUGAGCAAUGUGUGCACCAUGGCUUGUGGCUCCUGUAGCAACGAGAAUGCCUACAAAGCCAUCUAUAUAUGGUACCGCAACAAAGAACGAGGCACCACUGACUUCACCCAGGAAGAAUUAGACAGCUGCAUGAUAAAUCAAGCACCAGGAUGUCCCUCAUACUCACUCUUGUCAUUCCAAGGAGCUUUCCAUGGGAGAACAAUGGGAUGCCUAGCCACCACCCACUCCAAAUCUAUUCAUAAGAUUGACAUUCCAUCAUUGGACUGGCCCUUUGCGAGGUUCCCCCAGUAUCUGUACCCACUGGAGGAGCACCAGAGAGAGAACCAAGAGGAGGACAAGAAAUGUCUCGAGGAAGCUGAGGAUCUUAUCCACAAAUACAAUAAAAUGGGAAAGCCAGUGGCAGGCAUUGUGGUUGAACCCAUCCAGGCCGAGGGUGGAGACAAUCACGCCUCACCAGAGUUCUUCAGGGAGCUACAGCAAAUUGCAAAGCGGACUGGUGCAGCACUACUCAUAGAUGAGGUUCAGACUGGUGGUGGCCCCACUGGCAAGAUUUGGUGCCAUGAACACUUUGACUUCCCAGAAGCUCCAGAUAUUGUCACUUUCAGUAAAAAGAUGAUGACAGGUGGAUAUUACCUCAAGGAAGAAUUCAGGCCACGUCAAGCUUAUCGCAUUUACAAUACUUGGAUGGGUGAUCCCUCCAAAAUCAUCAUGCUUGAGGAAGUUAUCCAGGUUAUCAACCGUGACAGACUUUUGGAGAAUGUAAAAGAAACAGGAGCAGUUCUCAUGAAGGGUAUCCAAGGACUAGAGCAGCGGUUCCCCGGACACAUUAACUCAGUCCGUGGUCGAGGGACUUUCAUUGCCUUCAAUGGCUCAGAUGCAGCCAAGCGUGAUUCAAUCAUUAGUAAACUCAAGCUGCUAGGUAUUCACGCAGGAGGUUGUGGGACCCAGACAGUCCGUAUGCGUCCUGCACUUAUCUUCCAACCUCAUCAUGCUCACAUCUUCCUAGACAAGCUGGAGACCACCCUCUCUGGGAUGUAAAUAUAUUUUGUAUAUAAAUUGAUAAGAUUAUAAAAUGGAACAUUUGAUUACAGACAAUGUCCAGGGAGAGUAAGGAUAUCAAAUAUUUUAAUAAGAAUAUCAAAUCCUUCAAUUCUUAUUUUUAUAAGAUAUUUUCAUUAAGUUGUCUUAUUAAGGUCAAAACAUGGGUGAACAUAUGGUAUUAUUCUUUUCCACGAAUGUACAAAGUUUUAGCUCCAGAAAUUUCAGGCCAGGUCGUAUUGGCCUAUGGGCAUUUUUUAAUUACCUACAUAAUCUAAAAUUACCUCAGCUUUGCCAGAGUAAACACCCCUAUAUUCGGGGCUAAAGCAUUUGUCCAUUGUUUAAUGUACAACACAACAUAAGAGGUUCAACUUCUAUAAAGUCAAAUAAAGUACACUAAAGCCCUACAAAUGAUAUAGUCUCAUUACCUUCUCUUAUGUGGUCAUAUCCAGAGGACAAAGUUGGCAAGAUACUGUUUUUGGAAUGUGUGUACAGUGUAUGUGUAAGUAAGACAUUUAUUGUGUGUUCAUAAACCUAUAAAUCAGUGUUAUGUUAACAAUGAAUCUCUGAACUGCCCCUUAAAUACAUGUACAGUACUAGUCUGGGGUUUAGAGAUAGCAUGACACUGAUUUUCAGGUUCAUACAUACACCGUGAAUGUCUUCUUUGUAUAAUGUACUGUACAUACACACACAAGUUCCAAAAAAGUACUGUAUUGUAUUACAACAACUCUGAACCCCAGAUAACCCCUUAACAUGAGGACAAGAAACUGGAGAAUUUAACGCUUAAAACAGUUCAUAUGACAAUAUGUGUACAGUACAUGAAAAAAAUUUUGAGGUACAGUAUCUUCCAGCAGCUUUCAUCUUUAAUGUAUCAAUGUUACAUUGUUUUAGAAGCAUUAUAUCCUGUAUAAUGGACAAGUCAAAAUGUACCAAGUGCCCUUGCUUUUUGUAUCGUGCUUUUCUGCACUCUCUCUUCUUUCUGAACAUCAGAAGACGAUUCUAAUUACCUAAUUUACAUUACUUAACAAUUUAAGUAACACACACAUAAGUACUUUACAUAUUUCUCAUGCCGUCUCUUAAGUAUGCACAUUCUCCCAUCAAAAGCAUCUAAGACAAAUUUUUAGAGUACUGUAAGUACCGGGUACUGUAAUUUUUUUAGAAUACCCCAUAUGUUGAAAGCUAAAAUACAUUUAAUAAUAAACACAAAUGCUUAGUCUCACCUUUGGUGACCAUUCACUCCAUAGUGAGCUUAUUAAUGUUUAGCAAAUGGAAAGUAUAAGACUUAAGCUGCUGGAAAACAUCCUCUUUGACUCAUUUAAAUUAGAAGUAACUACAGGUACCCUUUUAUUAUCUUUGUAUAGUUUAAACAGCUGAGAGAAGAUGUAAAGAAUGUCAUUAUAAAUUUAUUUCAAGA